AUGGCAGUACCAGUCCUAAAGAAAGCACGUCAGGAAUGCUCUCAAGAUCUCUGCCCUGAAAGGACAAGUCUUCUGAAUCCACAGACUAUUAGAAGAGCAAUUUUGAAUGACGUGAAUGAACCUUUAGUGUUCAAAGGCUACCUUAAGGGAAAGUGGAAGUGUUUAGAAUGGGAGGUCAAAGACUGGGGUAGAGUCCUUGGGGAUGACAACCUCAUGUUUCGUGUUGGUGCGAGGGUUAAGGAGGGUGACCAGCUAAAGUCUCCACAGUGGGAGACAGAGUGCAUGAAGGUGUCCAUGAAAUAUUGUGACUUUUUAGAGUGGAUAAAAGGUCAGAAGACAUGUUUGAGUCAAUGUGGGUCUCAGGUAAACUGCAGUACACAUUGGGCCUAUUUUGAUUAUUUUUACAUGAAAGAUUUAGAACACCCAGAGCACUUAUUGGGAGCCAUGGAUUGGGGUACAUUUGGUUUCACUGAGAGGGGAUUAACUGAUAGUACACUAUGGAUAGGAAGCACAGGUGCUAAUACACCAUGUCAUAUUGACACAUAUGGAUGUAAUCUUGUUGCUCAAGUAAUGGGGAAAAAGAGAUGGGUACUAUUUCCAAAGUCUCAGUCAGAAUACCUUUCACCCACACGUGUGCCAUAUGAAGAGUCAAGUAUAUACAGUGAAGUGGGCUUUCCUCGACCUAAUACUUCUUCACACCCUAGAUUGGUCUCGACCACUCCUCAUGUAGUUACACUUGAGGCUGGGGAUGUGUUAUUUGUUCCAAAUCAGUGGUGGCACUCAGUAGAAAAUAUAGAAUUUGCUGUGAGUGUGAAUACAUGGAUAGAGCUACCUUCUGAUGAUGAUGAAAGAGUAAAGGAAGCCAUUGUGAUGCACCAGAUUGGAUCUCUGUGUCAGGGUAUUGAGUCAGUUGAUCUCAUAUCCUCAGCAUUUAACCCUAAUAUGAUGAAUAUGGCAACUAUGACCUCUACAGAUCUUCUUAACCUCCUAGUCCAUAAAGUCUUCCAGAACACAGACACAGAAGGAAAACAGGAAUCUAAAAAAAGUGAAGGUGCGCAUACUGGUGUUUUUGACUGGACAAAUGAGGAAUGGUGUCGAAGUUAUAACAUAACCAGGGUUGAAAAAUUACUGUUUGAAGACUACUAUGGAACAAGUAGUAAUUGUGAGCAAAAGAAUACAGAUUCUGAGAAAAGUGCAAAGAAAUACAAUAGUCUGCCAGAUGAAAUUCAGUUUUCUCACCUAAAGAUUUUAAUAGAUGCUUUCACUGACCCACGUGUAAUUGAUCAGAUGAAAAAGAUUUUAGAUGAAAAACUCCAUGGCCCUUCAUAA